UAUCCUUCUUAUGAUUCAAGUAGCUCUGAAACUCCACAACCAAAGCAAGAAUCUCAGCUACUAACCAUUUUCUACAACGGGCACAUAUGUGUUUCUUCAGAUCUUACCCUUAUUCAGGCAAAAGCUAUACUAUCGCUAGCGAGUAGAGAUAUGGAAGAGAGAGCUUUAUCCUUGAAAAAUUCAGACGGUUCGGAUCCUCCGAAAAUCCCAAACAAUUUGACCCGAAUUCAUCAUCAAAAGGCCUCCAUGAAGAGAUCUCUUCGUAGUUUUCUUCAGAAACGAAAUGUUCGGAUUCAAGCAACUUGUCCUUACCACCAUUCCCGAUAACACUAAUUAUUUGAUUUCAGUUUUUCACCUUUUUAGCAUACUAAUUUGGCUGGAACAAAAUCUAAUUACUAUAU